AGCUGUUGAAAUCACUUCAAGACGCACUGUAACAGAGCAAUCUUUUCCAAUUAAUACUCAUGUUUAGCACAGUUAACACUUCAUUUUGCUGAAUCUUUUGAUACGAAGAGGUUGAGUCGCAAAUGCCCUCUGCUUUUGGACAUGUCGUAAUAAUAAUGCCAGAACAGGGCACCAGUAUCCUCUUCAAAGGAACUUGGGAAUUUCUCAAAUUGCGGAUUUGGCUGUAAGUAGUCUGGCUAACUAUUUUACAUGACCAAUAGGCUAUUAAUCUAUAUCGAUUACUGUGAUAUGUGCAAGCAAAUAUGUUAAAGGACAUACUACAAUGUGAUGGAUAUGCAUUUUAAGACUCCCAAUCUAUCCCGAUGGAUUAUUAACAUUGCAUUUUAGCCUACUCCGUAUCUAUGUCUUCGGGACAGAUAAUGGCAACGCUUCGUUUGGUGUGGGUCGCACACUGCUCAAGGAAGUAUCUUUAGGCUAAAAAACCUGAACACAGACGUGGGUAUCAUUUAUGCGCCUGAUACUGCGACAACACGGAAAACAAAUAUAGAGCAUACUUAAAAAAAUCAACAUAUGAGUCGUUUUGAGACGCUAAUAUCAAUACGGCAAUGGAAAACACUGGGAUUGAAGAGGUUAACCAGACACACCAGCAACACGAGCCCAUCAGUUUUGGAAUAGACCAGAUACUGAACAGCACUGACCCGUCCAGCAGCUGCAUGCUGCCCAACCGAACCAGCGACACGGAUUACACGAACGUUUACACCAAUGGCUAUAACAGCGUCUAUAACCCGGCCUGCUCCAUGGCGGCUGGGCUCGCUGGUUCCUAUAACGUGAAUAUGAACAUGAAUGUGAGCAUGAACAUGAACGUUAACGUAAACGGAGGGAACGCCGGUGGUGUUAUCAGGGUACCAGCUCACAGACCCAUGCCACCGAAUCCGCCACCUCCUAGCCAUCCGCCUUGCCUCGCGGCUUGCAUCCCCUCAGUGACUUCAAUGACAAGUAUGGGAAAUGCGGCCAACUUCACCUUCCCGUGGAUGGAGAGCAGUAGAAGAUUCGCAAAAGACAGACUCACUGCGGAGCAGGCAGAGGACAGACAAGCAGGAGACCCCAGUGGGAGGCCAGGAGCCCCCCCGGCCCUGCCAGGCCUCUGCCCUCUCCCCAAGGGGGACAUCGGCAGGGUCCCUACCUGGAGCUCUAUGGAGACAUUAGCCAAACACUAUUACCCUGAACUCGCUCACCUGCGAGACACUGGCCCACUUGCAGACUAUCCCUUUCGAAAGGGUACUUGUCCAGCAGCCCUUUCGCCCUUCUCCGUGACCCGGCGCAUCGGCCACCCCUAUCAGAACCGGACACCACCCAAGAGAAAAAAGCCCCGUACCUCGUUCAGCCGAGUGCAGAUCUGCGAGCUGGAGAAACGCUUUCACCGGCAGAAAUACCUGGCGUCAGCGGAGCGCGCCACCCUGGCCAAGGCCCUGAAGAUGACGGACGCACAGGUCAAAACCUGGUUCCAGAACAGGAGGACAAAAUGGAGGAGACAGACAGCCGAGGAGCGCGAGGCAGAGAGACAGCAGGCAAACCGUCUGAUGCUGCAGCUCCAACAGGAGGCCUUUCAGAAGACCCUGAGCCAACCCCUGCAGCAGGACCCCCUCUGUCUGCACAACUCCUCCUUGUACGCCUUACAGAACCUACAGCCCUGGGCGGAGGACAACAAGAUCAUAUGUGGACUUCUUGGCAUGGACAGAUAUACGUUUAGUUCCACUGAAAUGGACUAUGAUCAAUGAGUCUACUAAGUUUUUUUCAGACCUGAUUCUGUCAAGUCAUUUUCCUACCUUACACUAGAUUUUCACUCUCCCUUCAGCUGUCUGUCUAAACAGAGGACGAAGCGAAAUCCUCACUACCAGACCACUAACAGACACAUCGGUAGAUGCCUACCAUCAAGACUGUCCUGUUGCCAACAGGGAGCACUGACUCUCAGCCAUACGGCAACAAAACUGGAUCCCAUUCCUUUGCUUUUGACUUUGUACAAUGUAGUAAUGCAUGUUUCAAAUAUUUCUGUGUGCACUUGGAAUUGCCGUUGCAGUCACCAGCCUUCCAGGUGGAUCCUUUCCCUGACUGCAGUUUGCAAGUGGUAUCUGUUCGAGGAUUACUCAUAAGGUGUUUUACACCUUUUAAGGUGUUUUAUAUUAAAUGAUAUCAUGACUUUUUGAAAAGAUUAUCAACAUUGGAAGCCUCUCUUUUGUUGUUGUUCUUUCACCAGAAAGGAUAACUGCAAGAUUUCACACAAUCACACAGUUUCACACAUUUUCAUACCUCCUAAAGUAAGUGUCCUCUAAUCUAUCAACAUGAUGUUGUUGACGAUGCCACACUUAUUGGAAUCUUUCAGUGUUUCUCAUUCAUUCCAAUAUUCCAUCCUUAUGACAACUUCAUCUCCACAGCCAAACCAGCAGGCCAUGUUUCACAUAACACCAGAAAAGGUUAAACGUUUUGCAUAGAGUGCUCUUAUCAGUAAAGUUUAUUACAACAAUGUUUUUCUGUGAGACUGCUUGGAUGCUAGUGAUGCACAUGAAGUCCGAAUCCAACAAUUAACCCAACACAGCGAAUUCUCUGGGAAACGAGGCCCAGGAGGGAUGUCUUCUGAACA